UUCGUCUUCGUCGUCGCCAUCUCCUUCUUCUCUUGCAAGAAAGAAAAGGAGAAAAGGCGGAGGCGGCGGCCCAUUCGCAGAAAGAGAGAGCAGCAGCAGCAGCAGGAGGCCAGGAGCUCGCCGGCGGCGACACCACACCACCAGGCAGUGCAGAGAUGGCCCGCUACGACCGCGCGAUCACCGUCUUCUCCCCCGACGGCCACCUCUUCCAGGUGGAGUACGCCCUCGAGGCCGUCCGCAAGGGGAACGCCGCCGUCGGCGUCCGCGGCACCGACACCGUCGUCCUCGGCGUCGAGAAGAAGUCCACCCCCAAGCUCCAGGACUCCAGGUCCAUGCGCAAGAUCGCCAGCCUCGACACCCACAUCGCGCUGGCCUGCGCGGGGCUCAAGGCGGACGCGCGCGUGCUCAUCAACCGGGCGCGCGUCGAGUGCCAGAGCCACCGCCUCACCGUCGAGGACCCCGUCACCGUCGAGUACAUCACGCGCUACAUCGCCGGCCUGCAGCAGAAGUACACGCAGAGCGGCGGGGUUCGCCCCUUCGGCCUCUCCACCCUCAUCGUCGGGUUCGAUCCCUACACCGAGAAGCCCGCGCUGUACCAGACCGACCCCUCCGGCACCUUCUCCGCCUGGAAGGCCAACGCCACCGGCCGCAACUCCAACUCCAUGCGCGAGUUCCUCGAGAAGAAUUACAAGGAGACCUCCGGCAAGGAGACCAUCAAGCUUGCCAUCCGAGCUCUCCUUGAGGUGGUUGAGAGCGGUGGGAAGAACAUCGAAAUUGCAGUGAUGACACACAAGGAUGGCCUCCGCGAGCUGGAGGAGGCGGAAAUCGACGAGUACGUGGCUGAGAUCGAAGCAGAGAAGGCUGCCGCCGAGGCUGCAAAGAAGGGCGCUCCCAAAGAAACCUGAACAGUUGACAAUCGUAGCACAUGACCCCCUGUUGCUGCUCUACAGCAUCUGUUGUUUUCUUUUUUCUGUUCUUGUUUGAGAGGAACGUGGAAUCUUUCAGUUGAACUGAAGUGGAUGGUUAUUUGCUGAUCAACCUGCCUAGACUUAAUCUUCAUGCU